AUGGCAUUUCUAUUCAAGUCGAAAAAGAACGCGAACGCGCCUGCGCCGUCGGGCUUACCGCCUACCAGUCGAAACAUUCACACAUCUGACGGAACCCCCUCUUCUGUUCAAAAUGGGUCCAUCGACAGAGCCGGAGAGCGACCCACGCAGUCACCUCCGCCUAAUUCAAAUAUGAAUCCAAAUGGCUCAUUGACUUCGAUGGGCUCGACACUUGCCAAUGCGCCUGGGUACCCGCGGCGAGAGAGGUCUGAAUCUGAAUCGGGGCCGCGACCCUCGAAUCCGGGGAAUCAAGUCCCUAAUGCUGCUCUCUACCCCUGGUCGCAGCGGCGACUCAAUUUCCCUACUCCGCAGUCCAACCCUUUUCCCCGGUACGGCGCUGCCGUAAACGCCAUUGCCUCCAAAGACGGUGACAUCUACAUUAUGGGAGGCUUGAUCAAUGGCUCCAUGGUCCGAGGCGACUUAUGGAUGGUUGAGUCCGGCGGGGGGAAUCUGUCCUGCUAUCCCAUCGCCACUGUCUCCGAAGGCCCCGGUCCGCGUGUUGGACAUGCCAGUUUACUUGUGGGCAAUGCCUUUAUUGUAUUUGGCGGCGAUACCAAGAUGGACGAUUCUGAUGUGCUUGAUGACACUUUGUACCUGCUUAAUACUUCUUCCCGUCAGUGGUCCAGAGCUGCGCCUCCGGGUCCACGGCCCUCGGGACGAUAUGGCCAUACCCUCAAUAUCCUAGGCUCCAAGAUAUACAUUUUUGGAGGCCAAGUCGAAGGAUACUUCUUCAAUGAUCUAAUAGCAUUCGAUUUGAAUGCCCUGCAAAACCCCGCAAAUCAGUGGGAAUUUUUGAUGCAGAAUGCGGGCGAUAGCGUCAGCCAGGGCGGCAAGAUACCGCCUGCAAGAACAAAUCAUACUAUCGUCAGCUACAACGACCAGCUGUUCCUGUUUGGGGGCACCAACGGAACUCAAUGGUUUAAUGACGUGUGGACGUACAGUCCGGCGACGAAUGCUUGGACUCAGCAAGACUGUAUUGGUUAUAUUCCAGCACCGAGAGAAGGCCAUUCAGCUGCAUUGGUCAAUGAUGUGAUGUACAUCUUUGGUGGCCGGACCGAGGAGGGUACGGAUCUGGGCGACCUGGCGGCCUUCCGUAUUACUUCCAAGAGGUGGUAUACUUUUCAGAAUAUGGGCCCUUCUCCAUCCCCGAGAUCCGGUCACAGCAUGACGGCAUAUCGAGACAAGAUCAUUGUUCUGGCUGGCGAACCCAGUUCGGCUCCACGUGACCCGGGGGAAUUGAGCAUGGUAUAUGUCCUUGACACCGCCAAAAUCCGGUAUCCCAAUGAUACGCCGGCUGCAAACCAAUCCUCGGAUUCGAAGCAACCGAACAGUCCGACGCGGAGGCCGAGCACCGAUGCUCGAAACGCUGCACAGCCAAUUCGAUCUACAUCGCGAGAGGGCCAAAGAAGCCAGAUGGCAGCUCGUGAACAAUUUUCUGGAGGCCCAGUUCAGCGUCCGGACCCUUCACAGAACCCGCAAGCCUCCCGACUCCCGCGAUCCUCGAUGGCACAAGCAUCCAUUGGACCUCCGCCGCAAGGUCAAGCCCCGACGGCUCGUGUAAAUGGAGUCCAGUCUCCGUCAAAUGGACCUAAGAGCAGAUACAAUGGACCACCUAUUGACACGAGAGGUGUGACGACGGGCCCGGACUCCGUUCGAGCUAUCCCUCCCGACGGGAUGGUUCAGGCUCCGGCGAUCAGGGAUGUGCAAAAGGAAAAUACGAGACCUAGCAGAGAAGGAAGCCCCAGCACUCAUGGACGAAGAACUCCUACCCAACGAACCGAGACCAAAGCAAAGGCCAUGGAAGCUGGUGAAGCGGCACCGUUGGUCAGCAGCGGCGUUGCCAGACAACGAUCCAUACGGUCACAACGAGCUCAAAGUUCCAUUGACAGUACGGAAGAUGGCGUGCUGGGUCGCUCGUCCUCUGGCAGGUACUACGGCGAAAGUCAAGCUGACAAUCGAAGUCUGCGAAGCAUGCCUGAUGAACCGAAAUCCCCCAAGAUGAAUGCUCACCAAGAAGCAUUACUAAAGGAGUUGGAAACUAUGAAGAAAACGAAUGCAUGGUACGCUUCAGAAUUGGCGCUGGCUCGAAAGCAAGGUUUCCAAAGUGGAGCAUCGUCCAGCCCGACGUUUGACGAGCGAACUGUCAACCAAGUUGCCGACGAUGACCGGCCUUUGAUGGAAGCAUUCAUGACGAUGAGGACAGAAAUGAUGAAGAUGCAAGAAGCAAUGGAGACGCAAGCUUCAUCAAUGGCGCGGCGAGUGGCAGAGGUGGAACACCAACGCGAUGCUGCGGUCACCGAAGCGGCAUACGCGAGGGCAAAACUUGCCGCUCACGGUGGAAGUCAGCGAAGCACUCCUCAGCCCGAUGCUGUCCGAGAGCCUGAUGAGCAAGAGCGAUUUACUGAUCUGACACGUCGACUGGCGCUGGCUCUGGCGGCACAAUCUGAGCACAAAGCCAAAGUUGAAUCUCUCCACAACGAUCUCAACGCCGAAAGAAAGGCGCGGGAGCUGGCAGAAGAGUCUAUGGACGCUUUGCAACUUCGUUAUGAUGAGCUGAGUAAAGGGAGAAAUCCAGCAGAACUCGAAGGGCUGCGCGCCGAACUUCAUGAAGCCCAGAGUUUGGCACGAGCCGAGGCGGGACGGAGGGCGGAAGUUGAAGAAGAACUGCGAACUCUUCGAGUCGACCACGAGGACUUAAGCAAGUCACAAGAAGACACCUCGUCUCGAUUGGCACAUCAUACGGCUUCGAUGGCUGCCCUAGAAGCCGCUGUUGCGGCGUCCUCCAACAAAGUGAGCCUUUACGAACGCCAAAUCGAGGAUGAGCGCCAGCACCGAGAAGCCGCAGAACGAAAGCUAUCACAACUAAGGGCAGAACACGAAGAGAGAACCACCGAGCUCGAGAACACCUCGAAACGCCUUCGGGAUGCCGAAGAAUUGGCCGAAACGCAUGCGAAAGAAGCAUCUACUCACCGUGACGCUUUGCUUGCUGGCCUGGCCAAGCUCUCGAGCCCUGAUAUUGCUUCUAAGCAUGACUCGCUCUCGGAACAGAAAGUGGCGGCACUGCGUGAAUCGGCAGAACAGGCAUCCAGCUUGGCUAGGCGAAAUCAGGAAGCAGCGGACAACGCCGCCCAGAAGCUGCGGAGCGCAGAGGAGCGGAUUGCCGGUUUGGAGGCAUACCAGGAACAAUCCAGCAGGGAAGCUCUUCAAAUCCGACGGCAACUCCAAGCCGCGCUACGAGACGCCCAAAACUAUCAGGCUGAGAUCCGCGAACUUCGGUCAAGCCUUGAGAUUAAUCAACGGGACGCCAGUGCGCUGGCUGUCCAGCAUAGCGCCCUUAAGGAUCUUUUGGGCGAACGAGGGAUGAACGUCUCCGAUGUGAGACGGUCACCAAUCUUUGACCAUUCACCAAGCUCGCGAUUUGGUACACCAGAGCAGAGCCGUCUCCGGGAACUUGACCAACAAUUACAAGCAAGCAUCAAAGCCCACGAAGAGACCAAGAGUCAAUUUGAGGCCCGCAUGCAGGAGGCGGACAGCACCUACAAGGAGAAAUUGGAGCAGCUCGAGAACGAUUAUCAAUCGGCUGUUCACUACGUCAAGGGCACAGAGAAGAUGCUCAAGAAGAUGAAGGAGGAGCUUACCAAAUACAAAUCGCAGAACUCUCAGCUAACAAGUGAAUUGGAAACCGUUCGGAGCACGAGUGCGGCCUCUGGCACGGCAGCCGACUCUUCGGCUUGGGAAAGCGAAAGAAAACAGUUGCAAUCUUCCAUCGAAGAGAUGAGGACACAGACAAGCAAGCAAAUCGCCCUGCUGGAGUCGAAUGUGAGUUCUCUCGAGGCGGAUCUUGCUGCUGUACAAGCAGAGCGUGACCAACAAAAGGCAAGCCAUGAGGAUCUCACCCAAUCUGCACGGCGAAUCGGCAAGGAACUGGAGCAGCUCAAGUCGGAGAACUCGAUGCUCGAGAAGCGUGCGCAAGAGGCGGAAAACAGGGUCACAAUACUUCUUGAUCAAGUUGGUCAAUCAGUGGGCAACUAUCGGCGACAAUCACAACUGCAGCCCAUGCCUCAUGGCAUCAACGGGAUCAGCCACAACCGAGAUGAGAGUGCGUCGAGUCUGACGGAUGUGUCGGUAAAUGAUGACGCUUUGCCUCGCGACGAACGAGGGUCUGUUGCAUUGGACAAUUUGGCUUCGGAACUGGAGACAUUGAGAUCGCAAUGGGAGAGUACGAGCAGAAAUAACUACCGGCUCAGCACGCAGUUCGACAGCGAGAGAACUCCUACGACCGAGACUCACGGUACCGAGCUUAGUGACAACCUCGCAAAUUGGAGAAGGCGACUUGAAGAAGAGGAGAACAGUGUCAGGGAGACCAAGGUGGCUUGA